AUGACCCUAGGAGGCUGCUGCUGCGAGAUCAUGUCCUCCGAGAGCUCUCCGGCAGUGCUGUCCGAGGCCGAGGGGGACAUCGACGUGGUGGGCGGCGGGGGCGGAGGAGGAGGAGACCCGCUGCUCAGCGCCGCCGCCACCCCCCGGGACGCUUGCAAGUACGGGCCGGAGGAGGAGGAAGGGGAUGAGGAGGAGGAAGAGGAGGAAGGUGAGUCCUCGGACGGCGAACCUCGGCUCCUCCCGCCGCCCACCCCUCGGGGGGCCGGGCCCAAGGGGGGAGCAGAGCUCAGCCCUGGCGGGGAGCCCCCUGUGGCUCCCAGGGGGGCAGCGGCCGGCGGGGACAAGGGGCCGUCGGGGGCUGGCAAGAACCCGCUGGUGAAGCCUCCCUACUCGUACAUCGCGCUCAUCACCAUGGCCAUACUUCAGAGCCCCAAGAAGCGACUGACUCUGAGCGAGAUCUGCGAGUUCAUCAGUGGCCGCUUCCCUUACUACCGAGAGAAGUUCCCCGCUUGGCAGAACAGCAUUCGCCACAACCUCUCGCUCAACGACUGCUUCGUCAAGAUCCCCCGGGAGCCCGGCAACCCAGGCAAGGGCAACUACUGGACGCUGGACCCCGAGUCCGCCGACAUGUUUGACAACGGCAGCUUUCUGCGGCGGAGAAAGCGCUUCAAGCGGCAGCCGCUGCCGCCCACGCACACCCACGCGCACCAUCCGCACGCCCAUCCGCACCCGGAGCUGCUGCUGCGUGGAGGGGACCCUGGCGCCUUCCUCCCGGGCUUCGCUGCCUAUGGCGCCUAUGGCUACAGCUACGGGCUGCCACUGCCCGGGUACCACGCACACCACGCUGGCCCUCCGCAGCCUCCGCACCCACACCCAGCCCCGCACCCUGGUCACCCUGCCGCCUUCUCCUUCGCCGCCGCCGCUGCAGCCCCGUGCCCGCUGGCCGCACCCCCACCUGCACCUCCCCCGCCGCCGCCGCCGCCGCCCGUGCAGUCUCAGGCGGCCCCGGCCCCGGCCCCAGGCCCCCCGACGGCUGCCGCCUCGCUCUUCGCUGCGACUCCGGCCGGCCUGCCAUCCUUCCUGGGGGCCGAGUUGGGCUGCCGGAAGGCCUUCUAUCCCGCGCAGCUGAGCCCCCCGGCUGCGGGCACGGCGGCCAGCCUGCCUGCGGCGGCGGCGGCCGCGGCUCUGCUACACAGCCUGAAAGCGGACAGUGGGGGAGGAGGCGGGGGUUCAGGGUCUGGGGCCGGGCCCGGGCCUGGGGGGCGACCCUCAUUCUCCAUAGACCAUAUUAUCGGGGGCUCGGCGCCCCCGGCGGGCCCGGGUCCCGGAUCGGGCGGCGGAGGCAGCGCAGGAGGAACGAUAGCCGGGAGAGGGUCGCCUUCGUCUCCUUACGCUACUGCUCCGAGCGGGGGCCAAGCCCAGGUGCUGGCAGUGCUGCCGGCGCCCGCGCUGACGCCGGUACCGGCCCACAUCCGCCUCUCGCACCCCGGGGACGCGCUGUUGCAGUCGGGCCCUAACUUCGCCAGCAAGAUCCCUAGCCUGAGUGGCUGCCACUUCUGA